AUGAAGCGCGGGGAGCGGGCGCACCUGAUACUCCAGCCUGAGUACGCUUACGGCGACGCGGGCGCGGAGGGCGUGCCGCCGGGCAGCGUGGUGGAAGCCGAGGUGAAGCUGGACGCCAUCCACGAGGUGACCCUGGUGGCGCCCGGUGUGGUGAAGAAGGUACUGGAGGACAGCUCAGAGUGGCGCACGGCCAGCGAGGGCGGGAGGGUCACCAUCAGGUACCGCGCCACCCUGCCGGACGGCACCGCGUUUGAUGAGGCGGCAGAGGGCGCUGAGCUGGAGGUGGUUGUUGAUGACGAGGCGGUGCCGGAGGGCCUGGACCUGGCGCUGAUGAAGAUGAAGAAGGGGGAGCGCGCCCUCAUCACCAUUUCGGACCCAAAGCUGGCAUAUGGCGCGGCCGGCCACGCAGGGCGCCUGGCUGCGGUCCCCGCGGACGCCGCACCCCUGACGUAUGAUGUCACACUGGUUGACCUGGUCAACCCUAAGGAGAAGUGGGAGAUGAACGCCGCCGAGAAGGCGGAGGCGGCGGCCGUGGCCAAGGACAAGGGCAACGCUGCCUACAAAGCCGGCAAGCUGGACCGUGCCGCGCGCAUGUACACCAGCGUGACAGACCUGGUUGGGGAUAAGGACGCAGCUGCUGACAAGGAUAAGGAGGGCGGGCCGGAGGUCAGGGCGCAGACCAAGGAGCUGCGCAAGAGCGCGUGGCUCAACCUGGCGGCGGUGGAGCUGAAGAGGGGCAACCACAGGGAGGCCCAGAAGAGCGCCACAAAGGUCCUGGAUCUUGACCCUGCCAAUGUGAAGGCGCUGUACCGCCGGGCACAGGCCCUGGUGGGGCUGCAGGAGUUGCUUGAGGCUGAGCGCGACGUGAAGGCGGCGCUGGAGGUUGAGCCCGGCAGCGCUGACCUGGCGGCACUGUCGAAGCGCGUCAAGGUGCUCAUCAAGCAGCUUAACAAGAAGGAGGCCGGCCUCUACAAAUCCAUGUUCAAGGCGCUGGGCAAGGGCACCGGCGGCGCCGGCGAGGCCAAGCCGGCCGACACGGCCGCGGACGCGGAUGCAACGGCGGGCGCUGACCAGGCGGGAGCGGCGGCGGCGCCGAUGGAGGAGGAUGGUGCCGCCGCGGCGCCCGGGGCGGAGGCGGUCGCGGCGGCGUGA